ACCGUGGGGGCUUGCCCGUCGUGGGGUCCCAACUUCAUGGGGUCCUGCCCCAGGGGGGUGUCAGGGGACCCUUUGGGCACCGGUGUGGGCCCAGCAGGGAAAGGCUCCCAGCUGGGCAGCCCUGAGGCUUGGUGUGGAGGGAAGGCAGCCCCUUCCCCACUGCCCUGAGGUGGUUCUGUCCAUGAGGGUCCCAGUGUGAGCAAGAGCAGCUGCUGCAGUUAGAAGAUGAGAUGCUAAUGAAUCACCAACUGAUUUUACAAGAGGAUUCUUUGCUGCUUUUGUGGCCACAAUAAAAUAAUUGGCAGACUCGAGCCUUCUAAUGCCUUCAUUUCUAGGAAAAAUAAUACAAGAGGGUGUAUUGCUCUAGUCAGUCCUUAAAUGGAAAACUUAUCUCCUGAAUUGAGAUGGGUUUUGGCACUUUGCUACAUGUGUGAAACCAGACAGCUUUAUUACCUUGGCUAGAGAAUGAGAUAUCGAUGUCAUUGUUAUUAAUAUUAUCUGAUGGAAUAAUUGACAACUUGCUUUCAGAGAGAAACGGGUCUGUGGUGUGUCUUCUUACUCCUACCCUGCACAGAAAAUCCCUGGAUGAGCAUUGCCAGGGUAAUUUUCUUUGCAGUCAGUAGCCACUUCGAGUGUGUUCCUGACCACCUGCAGCUGCUUACAGCUGGGUAAACUGAAUUCUAAUGGCCUUUUAAGUGUAGCUAAUUACAGGGGCUGCUUUUGUAUGGUGAAUUUUGUUUGGACUUAAACACGAAGUGGGGCCUAUUUGUCGCUUUUAUUUCCUGCUAGUAAAACACACGGAAGUUAUGGUGUAGCCCUGAGAUGUCUCUCUCUCAGUCCUCACUUCUUUUAAGGUGCAGAUAGUCCAUUUGUUCUCUGGGGUAAUUCAGAGAAGCAGCUAUUCUGCAGGAGCCAGCUUAGGUGUGGUUUUCAUAGGCAGAAACAAGGUAGUUUUGUCUUUUGAAUUUUAAGAGUGAUUUAAUUCAGAGGAGAGGUGCAGAGGGGUGGGAAAGGGAGGGAAAAGGAGCAGCACCAUCCACUUGUAGGAAGGGGAACAACCCCUUCCAAUUGACAGUUCCUUUGGGAAGAGCUGCUGGAGUAGGAAAGGAUGAGAGACUAAGUGGCAGGAGGAAGCUGGAGGGGAACAGUUUGUUUUCUUACAGUAAACCAUGAGUGUGCCUUCUUGAAGGCUGUGUAGGCAGCACUGUAGCACACAUUGAUACAGACACUUUUCCUUUUUUUGUCAUCUUGUACUUUGAAAUACAUGUGUUCCCUAUUUUCUUGUUUUAUCAACUUCUCCCUCUGUCAUUUAUAAACCAAAUUUAGGAAGGCAGGGUCACUGCCUCAAGCAGUGAUACAAUACACCAUGAUAUCACAGAGGAUGAAAGAUUGGGAAAAAAAGUGACGUGGAGAACGUGGUCAUGGAUUCAGGAAGCUGAGGGCGGGAGAAAGGAGUCAGUUGGAGUGGAUAUGUAGAUGUUGAGCAAAUGGGAGGAGAGGUGACUAAAGAAGAGCAUGUGCAUAUAUAGAAAGUCAUGAACUUGUCUCUGCCCACUCUGAGGGAGAAGAUAUUGUGGGAAACUUGGUUAUACAAGAGUUGGGAGUCAACAUCCUUAGAGCGGCUCUGAGUAGGUGUCUGAGCCAAGCCCAGGUAGUCCCCAGGAAUGUUAACCUGUCCCUGUGGAGCUGGGUUAUCUCCUGGAUUCCGUGGUAGAAAUGGACUUUCACCUCACAGGUUGUGAGAAUAGUUCCAUCAGGCGGUCAUGCUGUCACCUCUAGUGCCUGGGCACUGUCCCUGGAGGAAAAGGACUGGGACACAUUGGACACAGUAAGAAAGGACUGGCCUUGACAAUCUAAGAGUUCUCUUCCAGCUCAUUGUUGUUCUUAUGAUGGAUAUGCCAUAAGGAUAUGGAUAUAGAUAGAUCCAUUAUGCACAAUUGGAAUAAAGACUGAGUUGGUGUUUGGCUGAGCUCUUCUCUGUAUUACAUGACUAAAUAAAUUGAAGCCAUUUUUCCUUCUGUGGAAAUAAAUAAUCCUUGCUGUCCCAGCCCUAUGUAUGAUUUCCAUUUUUAACUUGCCGGUAAAACAUAAAUAUUGUGGUUAUAUAUUACCCGAUUGUUACCAUUCAGGCAAAAUGCACCAGAGCCAGAGUUCCUUGAAACAAUGUAUGCGUGUGAUGGAUGGUGCUGCAGAGGAGGUGACGCAGUGGUGACUCAGUCCUCAGUGAGGUUCAAACCCUUCCUGCUGCACUGAAAGCCUGUUCCUGCCAAGGCAGCUCAGGAAAUGCACCCGCUCUGCCUUCUAGGAAAGCUGGGGUAAUUAACUUAAGUGUGGGAUAAAGCUUUUUGGAGACACAUGUGAUGUUCCUUUGGAACCCAAUAAAUCAUUUUCAUAUUAAAAGCUGGAGGAAGACCCAGAGUCAUAAACCCCCUUUUGUACCAAUUUUGCUGCCUUUGCACAUGGCUGGGUGGUCAGUGAGCUCAGUCCUGGGAGGAUUAAACUAAUAGUCCCUGCUGUUAUUGCUGCAGGGAAUCCCAGGUGAUGGCAAACCUCCCUUACGCCGGGGAGUAAAUCACAUUAUCUGCUUUAUGCACCAUUAUUGUAAAGUGGGUUCUCAUUUGAGACACUGCAGUGGCUUUAUGGCUCCCUGAGCAGGGAGGGGGACUUUGCCCCUCGCUCAGCUUUAAUAUUCCCCCAUUCUUCUCUUUCCAGAGAAGGGACAAAAACGAGUGUUUGGCAGCCACCGGCUUGGGUUUUUCAGUAAAAUGUCCUUAGUGAGAUUUGCAGAGGUUGCUGCAGAUGAAUUCCCCAGAGAUUUUGUCUCUGUAUCUUCUUGUGUAGUUGCAGCGUUGAGAGAAAUUGCCAUUCCUAAUAGCCAAGAAAAUAUGGUUACUGUUGAUUUUUGGGUUUUUUUUGGUGGUGUUUUUCUCUGAAUUUCUGAGCUUUCCUUUGAAGCGCUGAGUUCACUGUGUUCAACUUGUGUCCAAAACACUCAGACACUGAGCACAAAACGGCAGUGACUUUGCUGUUAGAGCACCAUUCACUGCCACUCCCUGAGUGUUCGGGGAGUCACGGAUGCACAUGUGGGGUGUCACACGUGGGUGUUGUGAUGGCUCAGGGGGUCUGAUGCUGAGGGCAGGAAGGAGAUUUCUGCUGGAUAGGGAACGAGCCACUUUGCCCCUAGAGCAGUGCUUUCCCAUCCUCUGCAGCUGAAUGCACUACAUGGGGAAGUUGCUGAUUUAAUAACACAGCUCCAGAGGAAACACCAUCCCACAGGAACAGGAGAGAGGAGCUGGAGAGUGUCCUGGAGGACGAAAGGAGUUUUCAAGCGAGAUUUCCAAAAGAGAUGAAGAACUCUUCAGACAAUGACACAAAGGUGCUUUCCAGGCAUCAGGAGCUGCAGAGAAGCUUUGCUAUUAAUGAGAUGUUCUGGAUUGGAUGUAAAAAGCAAAAACUAAGAGAAAAAUUGGAGGUCUGUGACACCAGCAGGUCCCAGAGGGUGUUGAAAAAAGGAAGGUAAAUGUGAAUGGUGUAGAGACCAACCUGUUUUGUCUUGAAGGGGUGGUUGAUUUACUUGCACAGCUCAGAAUGAGCUAAUCUUCCACUGAAGGAGAUAUUUCAAAGUCAUGGGAGCUGAGCUGGUUCUUGGUUCGCAUUGUAUUUGAUUCACACCAGUGACACACAGGACUGUCACUGCCUCGCCACUCUGACGUACUGGAGUGAUACUGGGAGAUAUUUAUACCUGCUGCCAUUUCAGCUUGUGCCAUCACCCAGUGUGGACUGGGAGAGGCAUGCCUGCUGUUUUGGGGAGGUAGAUGCUGUCUUUGCAGUUGUUGUAAGUGGUUUACCGUCUCACAUUGGCAUUGCUUUCACUCAUGUGCAUGAUGCUUAUGAGGUUGAAUGAAAACAUUGGGAUGCUGAUAGAUUUGUUGAUGAUUAUUGGGUGAUGUGCCUCAUAAUAUGACUAAUCUUUCAAAUUCCAUCAUCUCCAAGUUAUUGAAAUACUUGUUACGACAAAAAAUGAUGGAGUAUUAAAUAAUAUUUGAGCCAGGCCUCUUAAAUUUUAUAGUGUCAUUACCAGUGGAUCAGAACUGAGGAGAGAGAAUAUAGUUGUGACAUACACAACACAUAAAUUUAACAUUAGUUUAGGCAAGCUGUUUAGUUUAUUGUUUGACUAAUCUCUACAUGGAUUAUCAUUACAAAAUGUAGCCUAAUUUCUCCAUAUUGGGAAAAAGCUGAGUAUAUCCUAUCACAGCUCCUUUUAUCUUUAAUUAUCUUUUUUUUCUUGUAGGAUUUCUGCAAUUCAGUUUCAAAUUGUUGUACAAAUUCAUAUGGUAAUCCUUUGGACAUAGCAGAGCUUCACAUUGAGGUGCUUGUCCUGGUGUUUGGUUAGCUUGUCUGAAAAUGUCUCAUGUGUGUGAGAUAUGGUGAGAAAAAUCAACAAUUGCAAAGGAUAAUCCAUGGGCAAACAGUGCAGAGAGUGCUCCCUGCAUGCUAACGGUUUGGCAGUGCUUAUGCCCAAAGUUCCAUGUUUAUUUCUGCUGAAAAACCACCAAAACUGAGAGGAACUCACAGGGAAGUGGUUAAAGUCUCAGGGUGCUGUGGUUGUCGGUGUCAGAGCUGUAAUGGGUAUUAAAAGGAGGUUUUAGAGGAAGAAAUUAGAUCCUGCAGGAUUAACAGGAGGAGUUAGUUACUCCUAUGGAGGAGUAGUGAGCAAAGUUAGUUUGGUCUUUGUCAUCAGUGUUAGAAAACUCCCUCAGGUGUUGGUGUUUCCAGGCAGUUCUGUGGCAGUGACUUGGGGCCACAUCAUGUUUUCCAGCUCCUGCCCUUGGGCUUGUUUCACAGCUAAAUAUCAACACUUCCUCCUGCCUCCUGUGCUCUUUGUUGCCAGUCCUUGGGACCUCUCUGGGACACAGCCUGUGUCCUGCACUCCUCUCUCAACACAUCUAUGUUUCCAGGGAAAUGUGCUUCUCAGUGUAUCUUGGUGAUUAUAGAAAUGCUGAUAGAAUUCAUGGACAUCCAAGCUUUGGUAGGAAUGCACACCAGAGGCAGAUCUAGGAUGUAUUUGGAAGUACAGAAGUUGAAAGUAUCAGCAAAUCCUGCAGCUCCUGAUAUUGUCCCUUAUUGGUGCACAAUUGGCUGAGCUGUUUAUUAUUUUCAUUUCUGUGAAGAACAGCAAUAACAGGACCGUUUAUAGAAACUGCACCACCGAGCCCCUGAAGUUGGCUCAACCUUGCUUUUUUUUUCCCCAAGAUUUGACAUGAGUGCUAACUUCAGAAACAUGACAUGACUGUCUUCUGCUUUCCUUUGCAACUCUUUGGUACUAUUUUUUUCCAGAGAUGAAUCGUAAUGCCCCAUUUUGUCUAUUAAAGGCCCUGCCUGAACUCUUUGGUCUCCUUUGCACUAAAGUUGUAGGGUAUUUGUGCCAAAAUGAGUCUGCAGGAGUGAGUCAGCAUCUUCCCUCAGCCCUUCAGUGUCUGCUGGUGGGGAAGGUCAGCCAAAAAUUCUGCUACUUGUUGCACCACGUGGAAUUAGCUAGAACUGUGCCUUUCCCUUAAUUCAAUCACUGGUUAAUUUAAUUAUAUUCUUUUUAACAGGUUAAUUAUAUUUUUUUUUUUUAAAUCAAGCCACCCAAAAUUGAAACUUAUAGUGUUUAUUUUUCUAAGCAAUUAGGUAAUUGAUUAAACUACUGGCUAUUGUUAGUGCAAUUAUCUGAAUUGGCUCUUGAUUAAUACUGACAGUUAAGGAAAAGAGCUGUUCGGGAUAAACCAACCAAAGAAUAUCAACAGGAUGGGUGUUAAAUUUUACAUAAAAAUUGCUCAGAGUGUGUUACUGACAAAAAUGCUGUCAUGUGUCACACUGUGGUGAUCAAAUGAGCGCUGGAGGUCAGUGAAUGAGGUAGGAUUAGGUAUGAGAAAAUCCCUGAUUUAAUCCUUAAUAACAAGUAGCUGGAUAAAAGGUGCUGUGUAGGGAUGGAUGAUAUUUAUUUAUAGAUCAGAGCUUGUGUGUUCUGGGACAUAUAAAGACAUGAUAUUUAUCUAAUAAUAUUUAUCUGAAAGACAUGAUAUUUAUCUAAUAAUAUUUAUCUGUGAAUGACCCUGGCUUUCACACUUGCAGAGCAAGGCUGGUGUUUAUCACUCCUAAUUGUUUGCUGCAGUUAAUUUGCUGGUACUAAUGAGAUCCUGAGCUCAGGCGUUGCACUCAGGUACAUGGAUUUGUUUUUAAUUUUUCUCCUCAGUGCUUUUUGGAGAUGUUUUGUAUUGAGCAAUGUUGAUGGAGAUAAGAUUUCUGUCCCUUUAUUCCCAUUUUUUCCCCUCUACCACGCAGUUCAGUGGUGUUACUGUGAGACUUCCCUCUCCUGUUGAUUUCUCCCUGGCCAGGACUGGUGGAACAGUCAGUGCUCGGGUCUGCAUAGCUCAGUCCUUGCUGGCAAAAUUAGCAGGAGGCAGAAAGUGCCUGCUGCUUUUUCUACCCCUCCUUAUCUAUUUUUCAGUUUGUCAAUGACAAGCCAAAUGCUAACAUUUAUAGGGAUAAAUUAUGACUAAAAUAAUUUGCAUUUAAAAUGCAAAUGAAUGAAAGCAUCAGCAAGGAGCCUUCUGCUUCCCUCUUGGAGCACAGGCUGGUACUGGCAUUGGAUCGGUCCAGAGAGGCACUGGGUAUAAAAUAAACUUAAUUGGAGGAGCUGAGAAAUUAAAUGGGCUCAGCCUCAUGCUAAUUCCUGUGAUUUAAUAUGACAUUAGAGGGGAAGGAUUGGGAAGGUGCUGAACCACUGACUAAACCAAUCACCAGAGCUGUAAAUUACCCUGCUGGGAUCCCAACGGCAGAUUGAGAGGCCCCAAUAAAACUGUGAGAGGUGAAUAAAAUCAAGCUUGGAAGCAGUUUGUCGGGAUCUUGGGGCUCAUGUGAAUUAGAGCUUGAGUUUCAUUGUUCUUUUUCAGAAGUUGGCUGUUGUAACACUGCCCUGUACUACCCAGGACUGUGGUUUUGUCCAAGGUGAAAGCUGCCUGUUCAUGGAAAGCCCUUUUGUGUUCUCCCAAAACCUCUUUCAGGCAAACUGGUCAUGCAUCUCUGAAUGUAGUGUUUUCCUGUUGGAAGCCUAGGGUCCAUUUUUUGCAUUAUUUAUUGAUUUCUAGGCUUGUAGGUGCCAGAAGGACAAUGUGGAGAACGUGUAGUGGUCUGCCUGUGGCCAAGGAAAGAUGUGCCGGAAGAAUUCAGUGUAAUGUUUCAGUGCUGCUGUAGCAAUGGUUAACUUGUUUCCUCAAUGGGACAUGGAAAGUGUUGUACAGCAUGACUUGACCAUGGCAAAUGAAAUAAGAUUUCUCUUCCUUUAUUCCCCUAACUAAGGCAUUUGGGUCUAAAAGGAAGUGUUUGUAAAGCCAGGCCUGCUUUACUCUGUGUGGUACAGAAGUGUGGUAGCCGAUGAUAGUAAUUAUCUCACACUGGUUUUAACAUUUCUGCCCUCUGCGUUUUUACAGCCAUGUUGCUGAAGAUCACCUUGUCUUCUGGAAGCAGAAACACAGUGAACAGAUGAAUCCCUCCAGCUAGACAUUCCUCCAGUAGAUCCCUCUUCUCAUGGAACACCCCAGCAGGGAGGAGAUGGACUUGAAAGAGGAAGGUUCCCAGGUGUGGGCUGAGUCUGCAGCACAGGAACAGAGCACUGCUCAGGUGCACUUUGUCCCCGAGGGGGGGGCGGUGGCGCAGAUCGUGUACAGCGACGAGCAGGAGCGGGGCCCGUCCCAGCAGGUGGUUUACACGGCCGAUGGCACCUCCUACACCUCGGUGGACACCUCAGAGCACACCCUCGUUUACAUCCACCCCGUGGAGGCUACGCAGACUCUGUUUACAGAUCCAUCCCAAGUGGCUUAUGUCCAACAGGAUGCCACCACCCAGCAGGUAACGGUGCUCUUGCCUGCUGCUGCUCAGAGCAUGAACCCCACCAACCUGUCCGUGCUCGGCAGCGUUGCUGACCCCCCCCAGCCAGUGGCUCUGGAGCAGGGGCCACAAGCAGAUAGAGCAUCAUUACCGGUGCAUAACCAGGUGUUACCUCCCAUGGAGGCAGUGGAUGGUUCUGACCCUUUAGCACCUCUGCAGAAUCAAAUGGAAAGGAUAGAAACAAAAGAGGAAGAUGAUGAGGAUGAAGAUGAGGAUGAAGAUGGGGAAGACUCUGACAUGGAUGAAUGGGAUCCGGAUCCACCUCGACCCUUUGAUCCCAAUGAUUUGUGGUGUGAGGAGUGCAAUAAUGCACACCCCUCGGUGUGCCCCAAACACGGCCCUCUGCACCCCAUCCCCAACCGGCCCGUGCUGACCCGGGCGAGGGCCAGCCUGCCCCUGGUGCUCUACAUUGACAGGUUUUUGGGAGGAGUGUUCUCCAAACGGCGCAUCCCGAAGCGAACACAGUUUGGGCCUGUGGAAGGGCCCCUGGUCAGACAAACCGAGCUCAAAGAUUGCUACAUCCAUUUGAAGGUUUCUCUUGAUAAGGGUGACAGAAAAGACAGAGACUUGCAAGAGGACCUGUGGUUUGAACUUUCCAGUGAGGCUCUGUGUAACUGGAUGAUGUUUGUGCGUCCAGCCCAGAACCACCUGGAGCAGAACCUGGUGGCUUAUCAGUAUGGCCACCACAUCUACUACACCACCAUCAAAAACGUGGAGCCCAAGCAGGAACUCAAGGUGUGGUAUGCUGCCUCUUAUGCUGAGUUUGUGAACCAGAAGAUCCAUGACAUAACUGAGGAGGAAAGGAAGGUUCUCAGGGAGCAGGAGAAGAACUGGCCCUGUUACGAGUGCAAUCGGCGUUUCAUGAGCUCGGAGCAGCUCCAGCAGCACCUCAACUCCCACGACGAGAAGCUGGACUUCUUCAGCAGAGCCAGAGGCCGAGGUCGUGGGCGAGGGAAGAGGAGGUUUGGACCAGGCAGACGCCCCGGGCGCCCUCCCAAGUUCAUGCGCAUGGAAGUAACCAGUGAAAAUGGGGAAAAGUGUGAAGAAGGGACACAGGACUUGCUGCAUUUUUCCAGCAAGGGGCAGUUUGAUGAGGCCGGACAAGCCGCCCUGAACGGGCUGGAGCAGCAGGAGCAGACUCCGGUGCUGCCGGAGCCGCAGCCGGCCCUGGAGCAGCAGGAACCCCCCGCGCUCCAGGUGCAGCCGCAGCACGAGGGCAGCACGGGGCCCACGCAGAGCACCAUGACAGCAGAUGACAUGAGGAGAGCCAAGCGCAUCAGGAAUGCAGCUCUGCAGCACCUGUUCAUCCGGAAAUCCUUCCGGCCCUUCAAAUGCCUGCAGUGUGGGAAGGCCUUCCGGGAGAAGGACAAGCUGGAUCAGCACCUGCGCUUCCACGGCCGGGAGGGGAAUUGCCCCCUGACCUGCGACAUCUGCAACAAGGGCUUCAUCAACAGUGGUGCCCUUGAGAGCCACAUGAAGUUCCACAUGGACCAGAAAACCUACUCCUGCAUCUUCUGCCCCGAGUCCUUUGACCGCCUGGAUCUGCUCAAAGACCACGUGGCCAUCCAUGUCAACGACGGCUAUUUCACCUGCCCCACCUGUAAGAAACGCUUCCCAGAUUUCAUCCAGGUCAAGAAGCACGUGCGCAGUUUCCACUCUGAGAAGAUUUACCAGUGCACAGAGUGUGACAAAGCUUUCUGCCGCCCUGACAAGCUGCGGCUCCACAUGCUGCGGCACUCGGACCGCAAGGACUUCCUGUGCUCCACCUGUGGCAAGCAGUUCAAGAGGAAGGACAAGCUGCGGGAGCACAUGCAGAGGAUGCACAACCCGGAGAGGGAGGCCAAGAAGGCUGAUCGGAUCAGCCGCUCGAAAACCUUCAAGCCCCGGAUCGCAUCCACCGACUACGAGAGCUUCAUGUUCAAGUGCCGCCUCUGCAUGAUGGGCUUCCGCCGCAGGGGCAUGUUGGUGAAUCAUUUAUCCAAGAGACAUCCAGACAUGAAAAUAGAGGAGGUGCCAGAGCUCACAUUGCCCAUCAUCAAACCCAACAGAGAUUACUUCUGUCAAUACUGUGAUAAGGUGUACAAGAGCGCCAGCAAACGCAAAGCACACAUUCUGAAGAACCAUCCUGGUGCUGAGUUGCCUCCAAGCAUCCGGAAGCUGCGUCCUGCAGGCCCAGGAGAGCCGGAUCCCAUGCUGAGCACCCACACCCAGCUCACAGGCACCAUUGCCACCCCUCCCGUGUGCUGCCCUCACUGCUCCAAGCAGUACAGCAGUAAGACAAAGAUGGUACAACACAUCCGUAAGAAGCACCCGGAGCUCGCUCAGCUCCCGAACACGAUCCACGCCCCGCUGGCCACGGCCGUCAUCAGCUCCACCCCCGCUGUCCUGGCCACCGACAGCACCACCGGCGAGACCGUUGUGACAACAGAUUUACUGACCCAGGCCAUGACAGAGAUAUCCCAGACCCUCACCACGGACUACCGGACUCCCCAGGGGGAUUACCAGCGCAUCCAGUACAUCCCUGUGUCCCAGUCCACAACUGGCUUGCAGCAGCCUCAGCACAUACAGCUGCAGGUUGUUCAAGUGGCCCAGGCUACCUCACCUCACCAGUCCCAGCACUCCACAGUGGACGUUGGGCAGCUCCAUGACCCGCAGACAUACACCCAGCAUGCCAUCCAGGUGCAGCACAUCCAGGUCACAGAGCCAUCGCCAGCAGCUCAAUCAUCACCACAGGUUGGAGGUCAGCCUUUGAGUCCCUCCUCGCAACAACCCCAGCAGGAACUCAGCCCUUCACAGAUACAGACUGUGACACCGACACCAAACCAAGGCCUGCAGCAGCAGCAGGGCUCCUCAGUCCAGCACACGUAUCUCCCCAGCACUUGGAACUCCUUUCGGAGCUACUCAUCAGAGAUUCAGAUGAUGACCAUCCCCCAAGGGCAGUACGUGAUCACAGAGACCGCUGUGGGUACCCCGGUUACCACUGUCAACACGGGGCAAGUGAAAGCAGUUACUCAGACUCACUAUGUGAUCUCGGAGGGUCAGCCCGACCUGGACAAACAAACGUCCUCGCUGCCCAGUGAGGUACAGGUGGGUGUUUCCCAGCCCCCGGAGCCCCUGGAGUCCCAGCCGAGCAGCCAACAGCAAACCACCCAGUACAUCAUCACCACCACCACCAACGGCAGUGGGGGCAGCGAGGUGCACAUCACCAAACCCAGGACUUUCUCAGCAGAACACGAGUGAAGCAGCCCCACAGUGUCAUCUACUUGUCUUGUCACCUCCCUGACAGCCCAGAUGUGGGGGUACCCUGGGGCUCCGUAUGUUUUGAUCUCUGUUCACUUACCUUCAACUAAAAUCUUGGAGCUCUUGUUAAUGCUUUAAGAGGGUUUAACUCCCCAGUGACCAUGAAGUAUGCUCAAAAUCCUUCUGGGAUGCUUUUAUGCAGCUUUUAACAAAAAGGACAAGAGAAGUGAAACCUCUCCUUGCCCUGGAUUUUAUUUUUGGCAUGUCUGCUGACUCUUACUUUUCGUUUUUGGAAGUGUCUCCAGCGAACAACUUUUUAUUUCAAUUGUAUGGGAAAAGCUUGCCUAGCUGAAGGCAUCCUGGCAGAUUGUUGUAUGUAUAUUUUUAACGGGAGCCUUUAAACAGGAGGACAUCAUGUAAAUUGCCAGGGUAUGGCAAAACUGCUUCCUGUGGCUUUGUUUCAGCAGCCAAGGUGAAAGGGAAUGUCCCAGCUCAACAUGAGCAGACUGCCUGGACAAAGGAGCAGCAGCAGCCAAGUGGUGGGCUCCUUGUGUCCCUGUGUGGGGAUGGAUCAAACAGUGAAGAUGUGCCGAAGCAGUCCAUUAAAUUAUCCUUUUUCCAGCCCUCCAGAACUGUUUACAUGCUGUUUGCCCUGCCCUGUGUUACCCAGCAGCUCCACAAAGAAGGAAAAGGGGAGUCUUGUUGUUGGACAAAGUGAUUGAAAUCAUAGUAGCACCCGAGGGUACUACAGAGCCACUGUUGACUCUUUCCCCUGCACUGUUUGGAGGGAAGGUUGCUUUUUUUGUCUGUAAACAAAAAAAUAAAAGGCUCAGCUUAACCUGCACUUUUGACCUAAGAUAGUUGUGCCAGGAGAAGAUGAGGGUACAGGAGCACUGCUCUGAAGGGACUGGGUCCUUAUCUCUGUGGCCACCUCAAAGUGAACAUGUUUCUCCCCUUCAAGACUGGAUGGAGAGUUGGUUACUCUGAUUUUUUUCCAAAUAACCUUGUUAACAAUGCACUGUAAUUCCUUUGGACAGUUCCAUAAAAAGACCAGCCCUGGACUCAGGAAACACACCAGAAACGUGCUUGUGGACCACUGUUUAUGGGACACAGAAAGCCAUCUGUGAGGGUUGCCUGCUUUGGUGGACCUGGUCCAUGUACAGAAUUCAUGUUGCAUUUAGGGACCAGGAGAAAGGGAAAGAGAAGGUUUAUCUUUUAAGGCAGUAUAAUAUUUUUUUCCUUAUAUAAUUCUCCUUCACAGGUCUUGUUGGUUGGUUGUUUGAUGCUUCUGGUAGUUGCAAGAAUAUGUACAGAACUCCAUUGACUCCUGAUGGGAUACACCACGUAUGUCUGAACCUCCAUUCUCUGCUGGAAAACUCAUCCCAGAAUGUCUGUGCAUAACAGAAUACAUUUAUUUAUAAAACAAUAACAAAGAAGGAUGUUGUGUCUUAGAGGCCCUUAAGACAGAAGAACUUAGAGAGGUUUUUUUUGAUUUGUUUUCUCUUGUGCUGCACUGAGUGUGAAUGCAGGACUCAUGUUCGUGAGUAUUCCCAUGGAUUUAUGUGAGGAUUACGCAUGAGUAAGCACUACAGAUUGUGGUAUCAGGUUUUAUGGACUUAAAGCUCUUAGACACAGGAGAACUUCACACUCAGGCUGGAGGAGGUCUGGUUCCUUGUGGGCAAAGCCUUGUAGCGGGUAUUGCUUUGGUAAUUAACAGAUCUGUUAAUAUGGCAUGGAAAGAGAGAUGAGAGAAAUCAGAUGGCAAAUCCUGGCCAGCUCAGAACUGUUCUGAGGUAGCUUUAAAGAGACUUGCCAAAAUGGGGAUUAAUUUAUUCCUGGGAUUUCACUUCUCUUGCUGUACCACCAUCUUGGGGCAUCAGUUAGCUGGGUAAAUUUAAGGAGGACCAGAGCUGCCAUUUAGUGCAGUGAUGAGUGACUUUAAAUUUCAUGGAUUUGGGAGCCCAUCGACUGUGGUAGCGUGGCCAAGUGACCACAAUGCCUACUAAUUAAUUUGAAUUUGUAUUGCUGAGGACUUUGGAAUUACAGUGUCAGGCAUUGCGAUGAUGUUGGUGUGGGAGAAGAAGAGGGAGAUCUUGUCUUGGCUUUUCUUCAUGCUGCUGCUUAUUUAAUAAAGAGCCAAAAAUAGUAUUAGUAGGAAAAUAGCAGACUUGGAAAUAUCCAGGGCAAUACUGCCCUACAGCAGCAAUUUUAUAGUCUUAAAUGUUUGACAGUAGAUGAACAUCAGACUUGUUCCCAUUAACAAUGUUGCACAUGUGGGGUUUAAAACUAUUUUGCUCUAUUCACCUUUGUUGGAACGGUUUAUGAACAAGAACAGUUGUACCAGUUAUUUAAAAUGGAAAACUACAACAGAAAACCAUUUUAAAACUCAAAUCUUUUUAAGUUUUUGAACUCAAAUCUUCCUCAUCAAAGUUUUUACUCUGUCCCUCAGCAGCAUAGUCAGGCCAUAACUGAAGUGAUUCCAAGUGUCCCAAGUUAAACUAAUGCCCUGUUAUGGAAGAAGCAUCCCUGGAAAUGGAAGUACCAUGAAUUUUCCUUCCGAAGUAAGGAACUACAGUGAUUGCACAGUUGGCAAAAAGCAAGCAAGAAAAAAAAAGACAAUGAUUGCAUGGAUUUUUUUUUUCCCAUUUCUGCAGUGCAGAAUGUAUAGGUUGUAUUAUUAUUAUUAUUAUUAUUAUUAUUACUAUUAUUAUUAUUAUUAUAUUUUUAAACCAGAGCAACCCAAAGAUCUCUCCAGUCAUGUCCCACAGGAACGUAACUCCAGAGUCCUCUUGGUUGCCUGCAAGGUCUAUGUUUUGCUCGGGGAUUCAGGUUCCUCAGGGUCUAAUGCUGUCCCCUGGAGGUGUUUUUGGGUCAGAUCCUGUAUUUUCCUGGAGGAAAAAGAAAACAACCCCAACCCACGCACCCUGACCGUGCACCUCUCAGACUGCUCGGGCCCCAUCUCUUAUUUAAGUGUGUAUGUUUAUUGUACAUUUGGUGACUGUUGUUGUGUUCAGAGUCUCGUGCAACCUGGCAGGUGUAAAAAACAACCCCCCCCGAAAUUAAUAAAUCUUUUUCUCUUUUUUUUUUUUUAAA